UCCUUUACUGUUCUGGGAGAUAUUAGUAUAGUAUAAUCUUAGAACAACCACACUUUUACUUUAAUCAGUCCAUUUAAUCAAUAGAAUUUUUAUCCUUUCCACUGCUAUCCUUACAGUCUUACAAAAAAAAGAAUUUGCAGUUCCUUUUGAGAAGUAAUAGAGUGGUGUUGAGGGCAGCAGAUUUCAAUAAAAACAAUUAAAAUGCAUGUAAGCUUUAAAAGUGCAAAAACAUGUGUUACUCUAAGUAUUAUCAGCUGAUUAAAGUAAAAAGAAAAGGGUAAGCUUGAGUACUCCAGUCUGGGGUGUUUCGCCAUUUUUUUUUACUUACCCAAGAAUGGACGCACUAAAGAUAUUGCCUUCAAGACACUCAUUUUGGCAGCAUCAAAGAUUCUCACUGUCUUUGUAUAAAUGAUAUGAAUGGUAGAUAGAUGGUGGCAAGUUUAAUACAUGAAUAAUUUAAUUCAUCCCAAUUAGAACAGUUACUUUCAGUUCCCUUAUGAACCCAGUUAGAUUCUUUUGGACAUAUUUUGCCAGAUACAAAAAAUAAAUCAAAGUUGUAAAUUCUUACAUAGUUUGAAGCUAUGCCAACUUGAUGCUAAGGUGCUGAGUUUAGUUCCUGGGAAAGAGCUUAUUGGCUCACUGCAAAACAAGUGUUGGACUUUUUUCCCUUUUGUCUUUUUUCGUAAAAGCCAAUGUUGUAAAAAUCAGUAUCUUUGGAUUUUUGGGGGGUUAGCAAAUACCAAUUUAGAUCUGUUAGAGAAGGAAUUGGUGUAAAGUUUAUUUUUGAAAAGCAGAAAAAACAGGAGAAAUAUGUAUAUGCAAUUCUAGGAUUUGCUCUUUCUUUUUCUUUUUUAAACCACAAUUAUAGAAUUGUCAUCUUUGUAUACUGUUCAAUGAUAUGAAUAUGUAUAAACUUCAUUUGGUAUAUUUUUCCUUUAUGUCGCUAAGUAAAUACUUGGGCGGUAGGAUGGCAGAGAUUAUCAAUUUAGAUAGAUUUUUGCCAAUACUGCCUUUGUUUUAAGACCAAGUUUUUGUUAGAGUCAGUUAAGGGAAUGAGGUUCUUAAUUCAUUUUCCCCCCUUUUGAGUCGGUGGCAUAACCUGGGCAGAACACAAACUUGGUCGUUCAUUUUGUUACUGCAUACAACUAUAUUCCAAAAUAGUCAAAAAUGUGUUUUCACGUGGUGUCUGAAAUGUUGGCUGUUUUUAUGAGUUUGUAAAAAAUUGUCAUUGUGUGCUCUAGUUUUAGAAUUUGCUCUAAGGAGAUUGUUAUAGAUUAUUAACUGAAGCCUUUCUUUAAAAAAGUGCCAGUACAGAGCUGGUUUUGGAAGUAGUGAGUAUGCUUCAGAAAGCCUGAAAGUAGUAUGCAGGUUCAGAGACAAGUGAAUUAGCAAGAGACACAUCAGUUAACCAAAAGACUGUUCUUGUGCAGUGUCAGUGCAUAUCUCAUACUUCCUUGAGAACAUUGUAAUUGUCCCUGCAAGUUGCCUUUAACGGCACACAUUAAUUGCAAUCAUGGCAGCCCAAACUCACACAUCCGGAGCCACUGAUAGUCCCUCAAGACGCAUUGUUGCCAAACCUGUGAAAACCAUCGUGCCUGCGGCAGAGGACUGUCCAUAUACACAGUUCUACUGUGAGGAAAAUGUGUGGCGACUUUGUGAAUAUGUGCGGUGUCACGAGCCAUCAGAUCUGGUCAAGUGCCAUGUUGUCUUCAUCAGCAACGAGUCACGGUGCGUGCCGUUGUGGAGACAGCGAAUGGGCAAGUCGGAGGAUAAGCUGGUCACUUGGGAUUAUUCUAACAUCUUCACAUGUGUUGCGCCGAGUGAAAAGGAUUACCAUGUGGUGUUCAUGUACGAGCCUGACGAUCGGUGCCUUGUAUUUGACCUAGACUCUGACCUGCCCUUCCCCACCUAUUUCCACAAGUAUGUGACCGAAACCCUCCGCACAGAUCACAUCCUUAGCCCAGAGCAUUACAGGUACUUCCGAGUAGUGCCAGCCUCUGUGUUCCUUCAGAAGUUUGCCAGUGACAGAAGGCAUAUGAGACGUGAAGAUGGAACCUGGAUCCAACCCCCUCCAUCAACACCACCAAUAUCUACACCUGAGUCAGUGCAUAACAUUGAUGACUUCAUUAGCAUGGAUCCCAAGCGAGGUUUUGGAACAGUAUACAACCUUCAAGAUUUUGUUCGCAGAUUCUAUAAGAAUCUGUAGUAUGUCCACAACGAAGUACUGUUAUGCUGUUACACUCCUAUGAAGACCUUUUUAAUGCACAGUUCACACAGUAACUUGUUUUACUAUUUUUAAAAUAGAAUAGCUUGUAUUUGUGAGAAAUGUUUUUAGCUGUCAAAUUCUUCUGAAUUGUUAUUAUUAUUUUUUCCAUUGUUUCAUGUUAGUGCUUGGUUUCCCAAGUUUGCAAUGUUGAAGCGAUAUUGUUUUUCUAAAGAUUCUCCUGGUAGAGAAAAAAGCUAUUCAUUCAUGACAAGAGUUUACUAAUAUCUUACUUCCACUAUUGAACAGUAUGUAAUUACUACUUCAGAAUAAAAUGUAGAUGUAUAAAUUAAUACAAAUUUCUUUGUGAGGCUUGUUUUUUGGUAGUAGAUAAUUGUGAAAUGAUGGUGUCAGCCAUUUAAUUGCAUCUGUGUUACUUGCAGUCAGUCUCCUUCUGAAAGUUAGAGAUUUGGUGGUUUUCAUUUGUGACAGCAUUGGUUUUUAAAAGAUUUUAAUGCAUCUAAAAUGGUUCAUGUAAUGCAUCUCAGUGUUAGUGAUAUUUUCUGUAAUUGAUAGGAACAAAUAUAUAUUUUGAUAAAAAUA